GCUGGCCAGAUGGGCAGGAGAGGAGCUUCAGUCUGAGGCUGGGUUCAGUCGAGCGAGGAAGAAAGACUCUAACCAUGAGGUUCCUUAAUGUGGUGAAUACUCAGGACCAAGUGGCUGUAAAAGUGCUGGACACGCCCACUCUCCUCAUGACUGAGAUGUCUAUUGCUGUCGAACAGAGUAUUUGUCAAGCCCGAGCUGCUGUCAUGGUGUAUGAUGACGCCAACAAGAAAUGGGUGCCAGCCGGCGGCUCUACAGGGUUCAGCAGAGUCCACAUCUACCAUCACACAGGGAACAAUGCAUUCCGAGUGGUGGGACGCAAGAUCCAGGACCAUCAGGUGGUAAUAAACUGCGCCAUUCCCAAGGGGCUGAAAUACAACCAGGCCACACAGACCUUCCACCAGUGGCGUGAUGCCCGCCAGGUGUACGGUCUGAACUUUGGAAGCAAAGAGGAUGCCAAUGUAUUUGCCAGUGCCAUGAUGCAUGCCUUGGAAGUAUUAAACUCUCAAGAUACAGGUCCCACAUUGCCAAGACAGAACCCUCAGUUGUCCCCUCAAGUUCAAAAUGGGCCGUCACAGGAGGAGCUGGAAAUUCAAAGAAGGCAGCUGCAGGAGCAGCAGCGACUGAAGGAACUGGAGCGGGAGAGGCUGGAGCGGGACAGGCUGGAAAGAGAGCGACUGGAGAGGGAACGGCUGGAAAGAGAGCGACUGGAGAGGGAACGGCUGGAAAGAGAGAGGCUGGAGAGGGAACGGCUGGAAAGAGAGAGGCUGGAAAGAGAGAGGCUGGAGAGGGAACGGCUGGAAAGAGAGAGGCUGGAGAGGGAACGGCUGGAGCAGGAGCAACUGGAGAGGGAGAAGCUGGAGAGGGAGAGGCUGGAGCGAGAGCACCAUGAGCAGCAUGACAGGGAGCAGAUGGAGUGGGAGAGAGAGCGGCGGAUGUCCAAUGCUGCAUUCGAAAGCACCCUCUACACCACUCCUCCUCCGGAGUACUCCAGCUGCCUGCCCCCCGCUGCCCCCCCGCCUUCUUACGCUAAAGCCAUCGCCACUCCCCUGUCAUCCUCCAGCCCCGACUACACCGCUUCUCCCUCCCCUGCCGCUCCGCCCACCCCACCCCUGCGCCACUCCGCCUCCCGCUUUGCCACCUCGCUGGGCUCGGCCUUCCACCCUGUGCUGCCCCACUACGCCACCAUCCCCCGGCCUCUCAACAAGCACCCCGCAGCUCCUCCUGCCCCGGCACCGCUUCCCCCCGCCCCCCCUUCCACCAAAUCCAUGGUGUGGUCGGCUACCAACUUCAGCCCCCUCCCCCCGUCCCCUCCAGUCAUGAUCAGCAGCCCCCCGGGGAAAGCGGCUGGCCCACGCCCUGUCCUCCCCAUCCCCGCCCCCAGCCCCCUUUCUCAGAAGCCUCCACCCCUGCCGCCCCCUCCUCCACCUCCACCCCUUCCUCCUCUGUCCCUCUCGUCCUCCUCUCAGGUGUCUCCUACUUCCCCUAUCUCUCCCCUUGUGUCCUCGCCUUCAUCCCAGCCUGCUGUUCUCCCUUCUCCUUCCGCAGCUUCCCCUGCCUCCGCUGAACACUCUCUAAACUCUGUGCUGGGAGACUCCUGCUCCUCUGCUCCAGAGCCGGUGGCCUCUCAGCCUGCUGAACCUCACACCCUGCCGGAUGCUGUGCAGGGGCUGCCUGUUCCUCCUCCUCCUCCUCCUCCUCCUCCUCCCCCACCCCCUCUCGCCUCGGAGGAGAACCGCCCCCUCGCUGGCCUGGCUGCUGCCCUCGCUGGAGCCAAACUUCGGAAAGUGCCAAGGAAUGAUGAGGCGCCAAACGCUGCCCCUGGAGGUGCCAUGGGCUCUGCUGCCUCUAAGACAGAGUCCUCUCGUGGCAAUGGGCCUCUCUCUGUUGGUGGGGGAGGGCUGAUGGAAGAGAUGAGUGCCCUGCUGGCCAGGAGGAGAAGAAUUGCCGAAAAGGGAUCAACACCUGAACCCGAGCAGAAAGACAAAGCUGAUGAACCGGAACCUUCGGCUCCAAAAGUGUCUUCAUCAGGCACACCAGAUAUGGCUAGAAAGCCAUGGGAACGGACAAAUACGAUGAAUGGUAGCAAAUCACCGGUUAUUUCAAGACGGGAUUCACCAUGGAGAAAUCAGAUGGUUUCUGACAACAGGUUCUUUGAUUCAUUAAACAGGCCGAAGUCCACACCUACGCCAACUGGAUCCCUAAGUGCCAAUGGGAUGCCAACAGAAGGUCUAGACUAUGACAGGCUGAAACAGGACAUAUUAGAUGAAAUGCGGAAGGAACUGACAAAACUGAAAGAAGAACUCAUUGAUGCUAUCAGGCAGGAACUGGGCAAGUCCAACACUGCAUAGGAGUCGAUCUUCCUUUACAUUAACCUCUUGGCCUGAACCUCAAGGUCUACUACAAUUACAACAAACAUUUAGAAGAAAUGAUGAAGGAAAAAAAAGGCAACAACAAAAAGUGAGACAUUCGUGCAAGCCGGAAUAGCAUUGAACACUACUAUAACCUGGGAAGUGUGAGACAAGCAACAGUGAAGUGCUUUGAGUUUCCUCCCUUAGAGUUUGCUGCUCCUCUUAUUCUGAAGACCUUCCCAGAGCGCAGGACUGAGUCUUAAGAGAGAAGAGUAACUGUAAUUAUGCAAAGAUGACUCUUUGUAGAGAACACAAAAAAAGGAAAAUAAAAAAAUCACAGUGUGAUAAAAGAAAUCAUUCACAUUCUGAAUAUGGAAGGUUUGCACAUAUUUGUGAAUUCAUUGAAAAAGGCACAUUUGGAGGUGUGUAUGUGAAUGGGGAGGGCAGGGGAGAAAGGGGGGCUGGGGUGGCAGUUUUGGGAAUGAAGUCUUGUGGGCUGUAGAGAAAAGCUUAUCUUUCUGGAUUAAGGACUAAAUGACUGGUGGUAGUCUACUGCUGCAGGACUCCGUAAAGCUCGUCUUCCUGAAAUACUCUUGUACCCGAAUAUGUACAUUUAAAAUCUCUGCAAGUUGUUUCUUCAUGUCUGUUCUAAUGUCAACCAUGGCCAUAUCAGGUAGCUUUAUGGGAUUGUCAUGGGAUGGCCAGUCUCUAGGUCUUUUCGACUUAAUAUUCUGAGACCUUUUUUUUUUUUUCAGAAAUGAAUGCUCAGAAACCUAACUCUAAUGAGCCUACAUCUUAUUUCCAUUUGUCGCGGGUUGGUGAGGUGAUCACGAAAGUAGAUGCCUUCCCAAGGCACUGUAGCUCCUUACCAAAUCUCAGUCUUCUCCUUUCAUUCAAAAUCAUCCGUCAAUAUUGUACAUCAUUAAAAAAACGUCUGUAGAUAGAGCUGUUUAGUUUUCCUUUUCCUUUGUUUUAUUUGAAGAUUUAAUAUUUUCAUCCAAUUUAGUGCAUGUCAGAUUUUGUAGUCCACUCAACCACCAAGGAUUUUGUUAAUCAGUUUAUAAGCAAUAAGUGUAACAUCACCAUUCAAUUGCCUUUUUUAAGUUGAGGCUCUCCUUGAUUUUUAAUUUCAGGGCCUCGAUUUUUUUUCACCAUGUCUCUUUUCUUAUCCAGAUAUUUUUUUAAAUUACUUCCAUUUUAUAAAUGCUUAGGAAUCAAUAAAAUUGAGACAGCGCAAGGGAUGGGUUACUAUUGGAUAGUCUAUGAAAUUAUAGCCAUGGUAAAUUUAAUUACAUUUAUUUCAUUUUGGAUUCUAGAAAGCUAAAUUAGUUUGCUAAUUGCUGCUGUAUUCUAGGUUUAAUGCCUCUCAGCUUCAGACAUAAGGCUUUCACUGAAUAAGAAUGUUUAAGCAGAAGGAGAAAAUGAUGAUUUGACUUAACAGCAGAAACCUUUUAUUUUUGCCAGAUUUGCAACUUUUACUACAUCAAUUUUUUAAUUAACUGUCUGGAAAUUCCUUCUCCACCUUGUGAGGGCUGUUAUUUACUUUGUAUUACAAAUGUAACUUUAUUCUUGGUAGUACUGAAUUAAUUUGCAAACUUAUUCUACAAUAAAUAAUACAUUUCAGUGUGUGAACAAAAUGGCAAACAAAAAGUCUCAAAACUGUGAAAAGUGUGAAAGAGACUCUCAGGCCCAGUUUUCCUGGUGGACAAACUGUGGGCAGAUUGUUGAUCUAAUUCAUUUUCCAAGUAUUUUGCCCUUGGCCCUACAGGAAACAAAUAAGGACCUGUUUGCAUUUGAGUAAUGUAUCACUAAACAUGUUUCCUACAAACAAUGGUUGGUGUUUUAGGAAACUGAAAACCCCCAAACUCCAAAAAACACUAUUUUGAAUAACCCAAACCCUUGCCCUCUCGUCCUUUCUAUGUUUGAUUUCAUUUGUUUGCCAGUUCAGCCUGCAUUGUUAAUGACAAGGUAGCCUUGCUUUUUCAAUGAAUUGUUACAUUUCUGCCAUCUGUGAUAUCAUCCAAAAUGGCUAAGGUUAUAAAAGGCAAAACUAGUGAUGAAGCAAUAGGACACAUUUUAACACUUUUAUUUCUCAGUGUAACAACAAAAUAGGUUUUCGUCAUCUCAUUAAGACACAGUAUAGACAAGAGAGCUACUGCAGGAGUUUCUGUUGUCUUAUUGUUUCAUUUCAACUGCUUAGCCGUGUGUUGUAGAACCAAGAUGUUGAACAUUUGUGCAGUGUUGACUGUUUAUAGCAUUGAUUGCACUUUAAAACCCAUUUGGAUUCAUACUGUUUCUGUUGACAUGAUAGUGGCCAAUGCCUCAUUGUGACAGUGUGGCAAUUUCACCAAAGUUACCAAUAAUUCCCCCCAUUCUAUGUAAUGCCACGUUUUGCCAUCUGUGACUACCUGUAUGAACAAGAAAAUAGCAACAAAAACAUUCAUCAUAUCAUCAGGUGUGUGCUUUGGGAGCUAAAAUAUUUUGAUCAAGGUGAAAUACAUCUAUUAAUGGAUGAACCUGUUUGUGAUCCUAAUAGGUUUGUGCCUUGUUCUGAAGUUGUUUUAAUAUGUUGAAGAAAAUGUUAAUUCUAGAAGCUGUCAUAACUUUGUAAAUGAUUGUUUUUUGCAUUCUGCUAUAGGUAUUUAAAAAAGGGAGAUCUGAGGUUAAUGUUUGUUUUAGAAAAAGAAUGCUUUCUUCAUCAGAACUCUGUUUGCUGUAUUUGUUUUUCUCAGCACCCCAUGUAAUGACAUUUUUGGCAGAUUGAUGUUCCAGUAAUAGGUUCAGAGGCUGUGGGAGAGUCUGAAUGGUUGUCUCAUAAAUUUUUCUGCAGUCAAGUAAAUUGAAUGUUAAAAUCAAAAUGCUGGUUCUAAACACUUCUCCCCACAUUACGAUUGUAAAACCUUUUCAGAAAAUUGGCUGGCAUAAGCGGACGCUCAAGUGAAUGCCAGAGAAAUGGAACUGAAUCUAACUGAAAAUCAUCAAUGUUUCCUUUUAUUACUUUUUUUGAGUCUUUUAUCAUUCACAUUGUACCAUACUGUUCCUGAUGUUACAUUUUAAAUUUCUUACAUGCUAACAUUGUUUGAGCGAAUGAAAUAAAAUUGCAAUACAUUAA